GGUUUGCCUUGAUUGGGAAGGGUAUUAGCCGACGUAGCCCCGAGACUUUCGCUGUUUCUCUGGAGAUUCUAUCGUCUCGUCUUGUCUUCCUUCCUUCCUUCCUUCGAUCAUCGUUCGAGCGAUUGCGAUCACCACAGGCCGACGUCGAACCGGAGAAGGCGAUUGCGAUCCGAUCGAUCGGCGGCGGCGGCGGCGGCGGAAGGGUGGGGCUCAUGACGUGAAAUGGAGGGACCUCCCGAGAACGACUUCUGCUCCGUCUGCCAGGGCGUCUUCCGCGUCCCUUGCCAGGCCAAUUGCUCCCACUGGUUCUGCGGAGACUGCAUCAUGCUCGUGUGGCACCAUAGCUCCGCGCUUCAGCCCUGCAAGUGCCCCUUGUGCCGCCGCCUCAUCACUCUGUUGGUUCCCGCCGAGGCUUCGUUGCAGCUGCGUCAUGACCCCGCCACUUCCGAGAUUCUGCGCAAGGUCGAAACGUACAACCGUACUUUCGGCGGGAGGAGCGAUGGUCUGAUCCAGAGGAUGCAAGACCUUCCUUUCUUCUUGAGAAGGCUGGCACGAGAACUGAUGGAUCCUGAAAGAUCUCUUCCUUUCAUAAUCAGGGCACGCGUCUAUAUUUCAAUGGUUUUAAGUGUAAUCUACGUACUCAGCCCUGUAGACUUCAUUCCAGAAGCAAUAAAUCCCAUAAUCGGCUACUUGGAUGAUGUGAUUAUAGUCCUCAUUUGCUUCCUCCAUGUGUCUGCUCUAUAUCGUUCUGUACUCUAUUCCCGUCAUGGAGGUUCUUAGAAACUCCAUUGCAUCCAUGGAAAUUUGAACCAGCUAGUGAAGAAAGAAGGUUAGAGAUUUCUCAAGGAAUUGCAGAAAACCUCAUGGACUCGUCAAGCAGGCAAAGGUGCAGAGCCACACAGUUCUCUUUGGCCAUUUAAGUACGACUUUCUUCCUGGGCCUUUAUACAAGGAUGAUUGUGGUUAGAUUCCCCUUUCUACCGUGUGUUAGUGUUGCACACACGAAAUCAUUUGUCAUAUAUUCUUUCCAUUGGCAACUCUAGCUUUAUGGUAUCCAGUGAUUUUCAACUAAUGUCGGAACUGCCUUUAGUUGAAGAGAACCCAUGGCCAGGGGAAUAUUUUGUUGGUUUUGAUGUAGUAAA